UCACUCCAGUAGAAGCAGGAAGAUACAGUCACGGAUGUGGGUUAGGCAUCGUUGCAUGCAAGAUCUGCAAAGCUGAAGACACUAAAUCUUCAACCAUGAAUCCAGAAGAGCAAAUCGUAACCUGGCUGAUUUCUCUGGGGGCUUUAAAUUCUCCCAAAAUGAUUAUUGACGACCCUGUGCAGUUCCUGAAAACGUCUCUGAAAGAUGGGGUCGUUCUGUGCAAACUGCUUCACCGUCUUCUUCCAGGAUCUGUAGGAAAGUUUUGCCGGGAGCCCAGGACAGAAGCCAACUGCAUUGGCAACAUCGAGGAGUUCCUAAACGGGUGUGCUGCACUUAAAGUCGAGUUGUUUGAUGCACACGAUCUAUACACGGGAGACAAUUUCCCCCAGGUGCUGAAUACCCUUGCAGCUAUAAACAAGGCUACAGAAGAUCGGAGUGCCACCAGGCCAUGCUUCAAUCUGUUGCCGCCUAGUUCCGCUGCGGGUGACGGCCAUCUCUCGAUGCAAACAACAUCUCCUAAGUCGCCGAAAGCACUGCACGGGCAGUCAAAAGUAGUGGAGAUGACUGAAAAUGGCAAUCACCAGAUGUUGGUCAAGGUCCGAUUCCAGUUUAAGCAGACCAAUGAAGACGAGCUGUCGAUCAACAAAGGCGACAUCAUUAACGUCACCCGGGUCGAGGAAGGAGGCUGGUGGGAGGGGACCCUUAAUGGGAAGACAGGCUGGUUCCCCAGUAACUACGUCAGAGAAAUUAAAUCUACUGAUAAACCACUUUCUCCAAAAGCUUUGAAAGCAGUUGAAAGCCCUCAGCUCACCAAAAAUUACUAUGCCGUGGUACUUCAGAAUAUUCUGGAAACAGAACGGGACUAUGCCAAGGAGCUGCAGAUGCUUCUGGGAACGUACCUGAGACCUCUCCAGUCCUAUGACAAGCUGAGUGCCAUGGAUAUUGCAUCUUUACUUGGAAAUGUGGAUGAAAUCUGCACCUUUCAGCAAACUCUCAACCAGGUGCUGGAAGAAUGUGCUCAGCUCCCAGAGCACCAGCAAAAAGUGGGGAGUUGCUUCAUAAGCCUGAUGCCCCAGUUCAGGUCUCUGUACCUCACCUAUUGCGCUAACCACCCUUCUGCAGUCAACGUCUUGACUCAGCACAGUGACGAGCUGGAGAAGUUCAUGGAGAUUCAGGGAGCCCCCUGCCCAGGGAUACUGACCUUAACCACAAACCUCAGCAAACCAUUCACACGACUGGAUAAAUACAUCAUCCUUCUUCAAGAGCUGGAGCGGCACAUGGAGGAAGCUCAUCCGGACCACGAAGAUGUCUUGAGAGCAAUCACCUCCUUCAAGUCUCUUGUGUCCCAGUGUCAGGAGAUGAGGAAGAGGAAACAGCUUGAGCUCCAGAUCCUGUCAGAGGCCAUCCAGGGAUGGGAGGGCGAAGACAUAAAAUCAAUGGGCAACGUCCUGUAUAUGUCACAAGCCUUGGUCCAGUAUGGAGGGAGUGAGGAAAAAGAAGAAAGAUACCUCUUGUUGUUUUCUAAUGUCCUGCUGAUUCUCUCCGCCAGUCCUCGGAUGAGCGGAUUUAUGUAUCAAGGGAAGCUCCCUUUAAUAGGUAUGAUGAUCACAAAAUUAGAAGAUGUGGAAGUCAAUGAACAUGCUUUUGAAAUUUCAGGGAGCCUGAUCGACCGGAUUACGGUGCAUUGCAACAGCAGCCAGGAUCUGCACGACUGGCUUGACCAUUUGCACAGGCUGACCAGGGGGACGGUUUCAAGUGGCAGCCUCUCUAAGACACACUCCUGGGGCUCUCAUUCUACUUUCAGCUCUACUGGACAAGCUCGUGGCCCACUGGAGCCGCCCAAAAUUGUUAAGCCCUGGACCUUAAGUUGCCUCCGCCCCGCACCUCCCCUCAGGCCAUCGGUGGCACUCAGCUACAAAGAGAGGAUGACUUACAUUUUAAAGGACUCAAGCAAGAGCCCAAAGACAAUGAAGAAGUUCCUUCCAAAAAGGAAAGACAGGAAAGCAUCCGAUGAGGAAUUUGUUGUUAGAAAAAGUACUGCUGCCUUGGAGGAAGAUGCACAGAUCCUUAAAGUGAUUGAGGCCUAUUGCACAGGCGCCAGCACCCAGCAAACCCACAGCUCAGGUGUCCUCCGCUCAUGGCGCAAGUUUUGGAGAGCUCCCGAAAGGCGCGGUGCAAUGCACCCAGCGCCCCCUGCCACCCACAUUCCUUCAGGACGGACGGCAGGUUCCCGUAAGGAUUCCGUCCCCCAGGUCCUGCUUCCGGAAGAAGAGAAAAUAAUCUUUGAGGAAACAAGAAGCAACGGGCAGACUAUCACAGAGGAGAAGAGUCUGGUGGACGCCGUCUAUGCACUGAAGGAUGAGGUCAAGGAACUUAGACAGGAGAAUAAGAAGAUGAAGCAGUGUUUGGAGGAAGAGCUGAAGUGCAGGAAAGAUCUAGAGAAGUUGGUUCGGAGGCUACUGAAGCAAACAGAUGAGUGUGUCAGGGAAGACGCCGGGCGGAGGUCCUCAGUCCUCGCCUGAUUUCUUAACCCUGCUCACACGGGGCAGUUAGCUCACAACAUCAGGUAUUCCCUGGAACUAAGGGGUUUGGUGCCCCUUCUCGUCAUACUGGAGUUUGUGUUCUGCUUUUGUUUCGGGGGUUUUUUCACAGCAUCAUAGACUUUUGCAAGGGACCCCUUCCGAGGGUCAUCCAGUCCAGCUCUCUGCAAUGCAGGAAUCACAGCUAGAGAAUCCCUGACAGAAGGCCACUCAACCUCUGCCUAAAAACCUCCAAGGAGGGAGAGUCCACCACUCUCCAAAGGAGUCCAUGCAACUGGCAGACAGCUCUAGUUUUGUUCUGUUACAAACAAGAAAGGAAAAGGCUCUGCUGAUUUCUUUAUUCCCCCACCCAAUUCAAAGAAGCCAGCAACAGCCAGUGAGCAAUUCUUUCUUUUAAAAAACAAGAAUCACCCCAGGCCAUGCUUUGGCCCCUGAGUCUCUGUGACCCACCUUUGUAACUCUAGGUACCUCAUUGCACCUUUUUCUGGGAACGUGGACUUUGCAACUGACCAAAUGCCAUUUGGAGUGAAGAUCCGCUGAGUGGAAGCUGUAGAGGAAACGCUUUCCCCCACUUUUUUCUUUUUCUUUUUAAAUGCCUGUUACUUAAUUUAUUGGUUUGGUGGGCAGAGAAAAAAGGGGGAAAUGGUUCCUUGAAUCGCAAUCAGGAAAGAAAGUUAAAGGUGAUUUGCACUUCUUUAGAUAAUCAGGAAAACCGAGUUAGGUUUCCCUUCACAUUAAAUAACAACUGUUUGUUACCUGCACCCUUGAGGCACAGAGCACAACAACACAGUGGUUUCUGAAAUGGCCUUUCUAUGGAUAUGAAUAUGCAAUGGGCACCACAGUGCGUUGGACUACAUUUGCCUGGGUGCCUCUGAUCCGGAGUCUCUGUCCUGAGCUCCCAGGGAGUAUUGCAGAGAUCCCUCAGUAGUGCUUCUUUUGAGCAGCGAGGGCUUAAGAGCACAGCAGCAAGCUUUGCUCACCACUGUGGAGUGUGUGAGCUUCACAUGCAUGUGUGUGAAUGUGUGUGCCCUUUGGGUUUUAACUAGGGCUUCAACAUAUUGGCUAGAUGAAUCAACUUAAAAACAACUCAGUCGAGUUAAAACAGUGGCCCCAAUCAAUCCAAGGGGCUGUACCCAGCAUGAGUAAUACCCAGAGUCGACACACUGAAAUUAGCAGACCUAAGUUAUAACUGUCCAUUAACUUCAGUGGGUCUACUCUAUGUAGUACUAGCAUUAGAUACAACCUUUAAAA